AUGAUGCGAUCGAGAGACCCUCGGGUCCGCCAGACAAUCAACCAAAUCCAUCAUAACCUCGAGUCUGCAAACGAGAGCGCUCAGGAGGGCUUAUAUACUUUCUCCCAUAAUUACGUGGUACCAUGUUUUGCAGCGAUUGGGAGCUGUAUCUACUCAUGCACUGCGCCUUGUCUCCCUAGCCGCGAAGACCAGCUUCGACGCCGCCGACGCGGCCGCGCAGAGGCUAAUUUCGACUUCUACGAUGACUGGGAUAAUGAGGAUCCAAACGACGGUCUGCUAGGAUGGGGUACUGACGAACUGGAUCGUUUACUGGCUGGAAGCGGCUUGGCUCGUGGGAGUUCCGAACAGCCUCGAAGGCAGCGGAAAAUGAGCUAUGGUGCUCGGCGCACAAGGCGAAAGAGCACUGCUAUAAUGUCUGACGACCGUAAUGACCCGACUGUUAUCCCGAGUUCCUCCUUCCUGGGGUUUCUAGAGCGCUUUCCAUGGAGAUUUGGCGCCCGAGGGCUGAAAUAUCGGCCGUCAGCGGCAGAUCUUCAAGAACAUCCCGUGGGUUUGCGACGGCAUGAACUUGAAGACGAGCCUCUCAUAGAAGAAACCGAGGAAAGCGAGGGUCCAGCCACCUCAAGAUUGAAUGGGAGAUAUCGAAGUUCAACACAAUCAUCGCGUGACACGGCCAAUUCCUUGAGCUCGCGGGGUGACCUGAUUCCCAGCGACGAGGAAGAAGACGCAGUGCCACUAGAUGAUGAGUUCGCUCUAGCUCUGGCCAGUCGUCGCGGUACUGGACUCGAUUCAAUUGAUCUAAUAGGAGAUAAGCCUGCAAGUAUGAGGUCGGUGUCUGGGACGUUUAGUUUAAGAACAACCGCCUCUUCCAAGGAGGAGAGAAAGAAAAAGAAAAAGAGGAGCAGCCGUCUGCGGUCUCCGGAGGGGUCGUAUGUAGAGGUCACUCGCCAAGCCAGCACCCCUACGUUAGCCGAUCUUAAAAAAGAAGAGGAGCAAGCAGCGCGUGAAGAAGAAUCAGAAAUUGAGCGAAGACGGCUUGCUGCACAGCAGCUGGCUUCAACACGGGGCCUAAACCAAGCAAAAGACGAGGCUUCACAAAGUUCACCGUCUCCACAACCUCACACACCUUCGUCGGACGCCGCCCAUCACGAGUCCGUUAAUAAUCAUUUAGAGUCAACUGUAGAACACACACUUCCUCAUAGUCAGGAUGCACAAACCCAGCACUCGCUGAAUCCGGGCUCCCCCGGAAACGACUCACAAACCGAACCAUUUCCCCCAUUUCCAUCUACACCGGAAUUUCGCGAUGCUAGUCCUGCAUCGCACCCGGGUCAUUUCCACGACCAAAGCAAUGCCUCGAAUCUAUCUGAUCAGGAAGAUACAGCAGAUGCUUCGAGGGAUGAUGCCUCUAUUGAUUGA